AUGGCAAAGACAGUCUCCAGAACAUUGUCGGGGCGGGGCCAGCCAGUGGGUGUGAAGGGACGAGACGUUGGAAUUCCUCGUUUGCCGACUCGUGUCACAGAUGAGGCACAGGCCAAAGCCGGCGACAUAAAUCACGCGAGGAAGCUAAAAUUCAGAGAAGACCAUGACCGACAGGUAGAGAGGCCGAAAACCUCUUCUGGAUCGACGUCACAAGUGCCUAUUCGAAGGUCAGAAAGCAGAAGAGAAACAAAAGACGAUCUUCACUUCAACCCAUUAGCAUUGCAUGGCACGGGGACAACGUUCUACGAUUUCCCACUCCCCCGAAGAACGCCCACGCCAGACUCAAGCUUAUUGGAAUCGUCAUUGUCCUUGCCUCAAAUGCCGCUAGUAUCAAGGUCACCUAAGCCGGAGGCCAUGGAAGCAGGCUCCGGAAAUGGUCUGGUCCAUAUGGAGAUUGGUAUGGCAUUGGGAAGUCCUUCACAUCCACCGGCUGGCUGGCAGCAACAGCAACAAUAUGAAGAUACUACCGCGAACCCGAUGCCAGACACGAUGAAUGGCUCCAUGGCUCAGGCGAGCCCGCUUCCGUCGAAGCAAAAAUCCAGUAAAUGGAAGAUGUUUGGAGGUUUGUUCGGUGGAAAGAAGAAUAUCGGAGCCCAGCAACAAUCCUUUUACCAACUUCAGACCGAAAUACCUCAGCAGGGUGCCACGAUUACAACCACAACGGAACCCAACUACACGAGCUUCGCGGAACCCACUGAGGAACCAUCGAAGUCCCGCACCCGAGGACGAAGUAUUUCCACGCGAAAGACCAAGAAGAAGGACGCCAGACCAGAUGUGAAAAGGGCAAAUACCUUGCCUCCUACUCGUCCCGAAUUCCAAUCAGAAUCUGGUCGAGAAACACCACAGAUAACCCUUGACGGCGGCCCAUUAAACAACGCGGCAUAUAAGCCGCUUGGUCAUAAAUUAGACGUCGAUAUACCAUCUAUUCAAUUAGAGCGGUACAGUGUUAUGUUUGGUAACGUGUUACAGACGGGGAAUGGUACCACUUCAUCACUACUCGCAAGGCGACAAGCCACAUUGGACAAGCUGAAAGCUGUAAACGAGGAUCUCGCAUUCAAGGAACUUGAGAUCAAGCGAAGGGAGAAAAUGCUUUUACCCCGAAGAGCAACCUCCCCUGGUCUUACCAGAAGUCCAGCAUUUUCUCUAUUUCCAAACACACCUUCUAGGUCAUCACACAGAGAGCCAUCGCCUUCUCCACAACCGCGUAGUGCCUCUCCGUUUCUUCAUCGGUCGAACACCUCACCUGCCGCUUUAUCUCCAGCUAGACCAACUUUCGCUCCAGGGAUAAAUAAUGAAGUACACGCUCUCCUUGUGAAAGCAACUUCGUCGGCAAAAAUAUCUCCUGAUGUACAUACUAUUAUCCCCAGCCCUGCUCGAACGCCGAGCGUGACGACGAGAUCGAAUCAGUGGAAUCCGAACGAAUCGCAUCUUGUCCUAAUUUCCCCUCAAGGUGGGGAGGAUUUGGAAGUUCUCAACGCGCCUUCAUCAAUCCUCCGUGCGCAGCCCUCGAUGCCAGAGCUCGUUGAACCUGCGUGGGAGGUUAAGGGGGGAAAUAAGCAUCAUGCCGGGACUAUUCAUAGCACUACACCUUCCAGCGGCCGCUCAGAUCACUCAACAUCAGCAUCAAUGUCGUCUACCUCUGCAGCAAGCAUCUCAACAGCUGCUACUUCAGCGUCAAUUCCUAUAACCCUUAUGCAAGCCGGCAACAUAUCAACCCAAAUUAAACCUCCAGUGGUACAAUCUCAUAGUCACCGUAAGCUUUCUAAUGCAUCUGGAACCUCAACUAUUUCGAUCGAAGACAACGAAGCGCGUUUGAAUAGUGCCGCGGAAGUAUCGAUUGCUCGUCAAAUAUCUGUAUCGCAGCAACAACGAAAACUUCUGAUACCCAUCAAUCAGAUGAGAAGGACGCCGUCCAACGCCCAAACGAGACCAAAACACAACGCAAACUUUCCCAGCCCAGUUACACAAAGUAUCAAUGCCAAGCUGGAUAUUUCCAGGCAAGCAAGCCCGCUAGGUGCGGUUGCAACGGCAGCUUCCGAAGAACGCAUCCGACCUCUUGCCACGAGAAGUCAAUCCUCUCCGUUGGUUACCGAACAUCUUCAAGUAGUAUCAAGUGUCAAGCCCGCCACUCCAACAUUAGUGGUUGUUCCAGGAUCUAAUGAUAACAAGCGUGUAAAGGCGUGGGAUGGUAACAUGACUACUACUUACAUCACAAGUCCUGUUAAAUCGACAAACUCCAUUCAACAAAGUCUUGCAACACGACGGGGAGGACAAGUGCCAGGUGAGAUUAGCGUUGGCUUAUCUAUUCCAAGAGGUGGAAGGAGAAGUGACAAAAUGAGACUAGAUGGGAGGGAGAAGAGAAGCGAACUCCAAAAUCAACAACGAAAGAGCGAAAGAGUCGUCGUCGAGCGUGUCAGCACUGCAUCUUAG